GUGUUGUCUUCUCCAUGAAAAAGGCUCGGGUCCUUGCAAACAAGAAAGAAAAAGGAAUCGGGUGGUGCGUCUUAAACUACUAAGAAAAAUCUGACAACAUCGUAUAUCUUCCCUUCUCUGACCUAACCAGUAAACAACGCAGCUCGCAGCGCGUAAUCGCUGUCCUCGUUGUGUCGCACGUUUUCCUCCGAUGAUACAGUGCGAAGUGUGCAGUGGUACCAGCAACGAACAUGUCCAUGCUGGCUUCUAACUACCACAUGACCACACAAGUCCAAGCCGGCACGAAACACUAAACAAGGUACGCGUGUAUCUCGUGGGAUGUGGAGAGAUAAUGUCGAUUAGACCUAUGUCGUCAAGAAAAAAUAUGGAUGAGCCGUGAAGCAGAGGAAGCUGCGUUUAAGAGGCACGAUUGAGGUCGUCGCCAAACAAGCCCGACCUCAAACGAACUCUGUUUUUCGUGCAAGUAACCACCGCGUUUCUUGCAAGAGGCAGCAGGGGUAGCCGGUAAGCUAACCCAGGCCUCCCUGAAGGAGCUGUCUUUGCCAAGCAUCUAGAUAUAUAUUGAUAGACAAGUGUCGCCGAAGGAUCCCAUAUAUUGUCAGGAGGAGAGUUGAGACGAGCUGCAUCCUCCGGUUCUCCUUCUCAAGUUCUGUGGCUCUGAGCAGCGAAGGAUACGUCUUCGAGGUAUUCUUCGAGCUUGCCUGCUUCUCCGAUCGACCUCGCCGGCCGCCGAUGCGAAGAAGCAAAUCGUGCUUGUGCUGUGUGCCCAUGGGAACGGCGGCGCUGCCCAUUGAGACGCCCUUCGCUCUUCCGGCUGCGCUGCCGUCGUGGCCCGCGUCAGUUUCAGAUGGAGGAUUUGCAAAGGGCAGCAUAGACCUUGGAGGCCUAGAGGUGCGCCAGGUCACCACAUUCGCCAAGGUCUGGUCCACCGCGCAAGGCGGUCAAGACGGCGUCGGCGCCACCUUCUUCAAGCCGUCGCCGGUCCCUGCCGGCUUCUCCAUGCUCGGGCACUACGCACAACCCAACAACCGGCCGCUCUUCGGCCACGUCCUCGUCGGUCGGGACACUUCCGGCACGGGAGCACUCCUUGCCGCGCCCGUGGACUAUACCCUCGUCUGGUCCAGCCCGGACGGCACCGGCUUCUUUUGGCUCCCCACGGCGCCCGAAGGUUACAAGGCGGUUGGCGCGGUGGUCGCGACCACGUCGGACAAGCCUUCGCUCGACGAGGUCCGGUGCGUCCGCGCUGACUUCACGGACGCGUGCGAGUCCGAGGAGUCGGUGUGGAGCAGCGACAAGGAUGGCUUCAGCGCUGCCACCCUGAGGCCGGCGGUCCGUGGCAUCGACGCCCGCGGCGUGCACACCGGCACAUUCAUCGCUCAGAGCAGCGCGAUGCCGGCGAGCGCCUCAACGUUGGCGUGUCUGAAGAAUAACAGCCCGAGUUACACGUCCGGCAUGCCUGACCUGCCCCAGGUGAACGCCAUCCUUGCGGCCUACGCGCCGCAGGUGUACCUGCACCCGGACGAGCCCUACUUCCCUUCGUCGGUGACGUGGUUCUUCGAGAACGGCUCCCUGCUGUACCAGAAGGGCAACCAGAGCCCGACGUCUGUGGCCGCCGACGGGUCGAACCUCCCGCAAGGUGGCGGCAACGACGGCGGGUACUGGCUCGACCUGCCGGUGGACAAGAACCAGAAGGAGAAGGUCAAGAAGGGCGACCUCGCCAGCGCGAAGGCAUACGUGCAGGCGAAGCCGAUGCUCGGUGGGACGGCGACCGACCUCGUGGUGUGGUUCUUCUACCCGUUCAACGGGCCGGCACGGGCCAAGGUUGGCCUCCUCACGAUCCCGCUCGGCAAGAUUGGCGAGCACGUCGGCGACUGGGAGCACCUCACGCUGCGCGUGAGCAACUUCUCCGGCGAGCUCCUCCGGAUGUACUUCUCGCAGCACAGCGCGGGCACCUGGGUGGACGCGUCGCAGCUCGAGUACCUCGACAACAGGCCGGUGGCGUACGCGUCACUGCACGGGCACGCGUUCUACCCGAGGGCGGGGCUGGUGCUGCAGGGGGACUCGAGGCUCGGGGUCGGGAUCCGGAACGACUGCGCCAGGGGGAGCAGGCUGGACACCAGCGGCGCCGGGCGGUGCGAGGUGGUGUCGGCGGAGUACCUCGAAGCGGCCGUGGCCGAGCCGGCGUGGCUCGGGUUCGAGCGCGAGUGGGGGCCGAGGGAGGAGUACGACAUCGGGCGCGAGAUCAACCGCGCCGCGCGGAUCCUGCCGCGCGCGGUGCGGGAGCGGCUGAGCCAGCUGGUGAACAAGCUGUUCGUCGGGGAAGGGCCGACGGGGCCCAAGAUGCAUGGCAACUGGAGAAACGACGAGAAGGAGUCAUGAGCCCUUGGCGAGCGACGACCCUUGCAUGACACCGUUCCUAACGUCACCUACUCGCUGACCGUACGAUUCAUGAGGUAUAUGCCGAUCAGACGGUUAGGGAUCGAUGGGGCACUCGUGUAAAGGUUUGCUGGGGAUUAGUAAAGGCUGUUUCAUACGCACGUAGCGUGGAUAUUGUUGUUUGUAAAUGUUCAUAUAUUGUGUUAGAUCUCAAAUCAUAUGUACGUGUGACUUAUCUUGU